AUGUCUCAAAGGCACUCGGAUGGCACCCCAUCCGCCCUCUUCGACUUGACUGGAACCACGGACGACUCUUCCAGUGAUGGGGACUAUGGUCCACCUCCGACACUGCCGUCUUUAAAACCCCGACGUACACCAAUCUCUCCCCAAUACGAGUCGGACGACGAGGACUACAUCAACGGCAUCUUGCUCGCACCAGCAGUUAACGCUCCGGACGAAGGAAAGGAUACUGACGACAAUAUGCCCUUGCCGAAACCCUCGCAACGACGAAGGCGGGUGCUGGCCCAUAGCGACGAGGAUGUCGGCCCGGACAUCCACACCGUCGAUCCGCAGAGCUCUUCACCGCUAUGGGAUAAGACCGGUCCUUCCCUACAUCGUGGCGCUGCUCAGUGGACAGGAGAUAACAAGAGCGAGAGCGGAACAGUCUCAUGGGACCGGACAGGGCCGUCGCUGCACCACUCGUCAAAGCGAAGCCGAGAACAGCGAAAGAGCGACACUCCUUCGUGGGACAAGACUGGACCUUCCCUGCACCACCAGUCUCCGAGGGCCAAGCCGGCAAGCAAGAUGGAGCCCUUUGCAGAACAUCGGACAGGUCCCUCUCUCCAUCAGCCAACAUCUCUCGCUAAGGCGAAAAGCGAGACGCCGUUCUGGGACAAGACCGGGCCGUCUUUGUAUAAGCCGUCUGCGAAGGGCAAGGGGAAGGCGGUGGACGAUGGGAUCGGCUGGGGCAACAACCGGGUCGCAGUCGUGAUUGAAACGCCAAAGUCUUGGUUUGAGCGGCAAGCGGAGGCCCGAAAGCGCGCCGGUGUAUCGGUGGCAACGGAAAGCAGCGUGAUGCGGAAACCCGUCCGUCGACGGAUCGUGGAGGUCGUGAUUCCCGUCCCCAGGAAGCUGGAACCGCUAUCAGAUCUUGACUCGGAUGUCUCCCUCGGCGAGAUAAUCCGCAAAGCGCCGAGAAGAUCGAAGGCUCCACCAAAACCCGCGCGCCGGCGGAGUCCGUCCUUCAUCGCUGACUCGUCGGAUGACGAUGAGGUCGUCUUCCGGCGGAAGAAGGUGCUCACGAAGAAGCGCCCGCGAUCCGCGAGUAAGGAGAAACGCAUCAAGAAGCGCAAGGACAAGCGGCGGAGCGAUCCGGAUUCCUCGGGUAGUUGGACAGAGGACGACGAUGGUGCGGCCAUGAUCGAGCUCGACGAGCCGGAACGCUUCAAAACGGCAUCGCGCUUGCGCGAGACGGGACCGACCGCGUUCCAGGCGAAGCUCAAGGCAUUGGGCAAGCUGCGCGACGAGCGCGACAAGGGAACGCAGUACGCCUCUGUGCCGGUCGAGCUCCCAACGUCAGAAUCAGGGUCGGAGGACGAUGACGAGGAUGACAGUGAUGAGAGCAUGGGGUCGAGCGACUUCAUCGUCGAGGAUGGACCGGGGAACAAGGCUGUCCAGCUCCCCGAGGAGUUCACGGUGCAGAAACAGCCUUGGCAGUACAAGUUCAAGGUCAUAUUCCAGUACCUUGUCCUCCUUGUCGUCAAGGGCGAGGAUGUGCUGCCUCUGGCGCCAAAGGAUGCAGCCUACUUCUCGCGCCCGGUGCGCGAAGUCCGCUCCCUCUUCACCGGUAUCCGCAACUCCGUCGCGGGUCAGGUGUGGCCGGCAAAGUACCGCAAGUCGCUUGAGAAAUAUCCCAGGUUCAAUUGGGACCAGCUGAAGAAGCCGCGCGAGUUCUGCUCCGCCUGCGCGCGGCACAAGCAGCGCUGCUUCAAGUCAGCCUUCCUCGGCGGCGAGCCGUAUCGCCGCGAAACGCACCGCAACAUCCACGACAGCGACGACUCGUACUCGACCUCCGAGGACGAGGACUACGAGCUCGGCUACCUCGGCAACGUCUGCUUCCAGCGCACAAAGUACUUCCACGAAGUCGCCCACUGGGAGCACCAGAUGUACCUGCGCAUCCGGUCCAGAUACCACGACCUCCUCCGCGCAAAGGGGAAGCAGGAGACGAUCGAGACGUCCUCUGACUCUCUGCGUUCUGGGAGCGACGACUCGGAUGGCGGCCGCGCGGAACGUAACGUUGCCCGCGCCCGGAGCGAGAAACGCGUCGAGGCGCUCCGACGUGGCGAACUGCCCAAGAAUGUCCGGGACCCCAACGAGGUCACGGAGUGGUUUGACAGGACCGGGUUCCAGAAGAACCAGCUGCACUGGCUCAACGCGCUCGAGACACGGGGCAAGGAGCUCGAGCGGGAUCUGCUGAAGUAG